CCCCGUCCUGUCCCGUGGCGCGGCGUCCAGCUCUGUGAAAGGAUACGGCCCGCUCGUCCGGUCUCGCGAAACUCUGGCCGGUAUAUAUAGCCACGCCGGGCCGCUCGCAAACAUCAGUCCGCCACCACCAGUGACAGCAACACCUUACCUCACAGCCAACAUGAAGGUCCUGGCUAUUGUAGUGCUGGCUCUGGCCACCGUGGCGUUUGCUGAGGAGGAGAAGAAGCAGGAGAAGCGAGGCCUGCUGGGUCUGGGAUACGGAGGCUACGGAGGAUAUGGAGGAUACGGAGGCUACGGAGGCUACGGACACGGCCUGGCCCUGGCUGCCGCCCCCGCAGCCAUCGCUGCCCCCGCCAUCGCUCACGCCCCCGCUGUCGCCGUCGCCCCCGCCCCCGCAGUGGCUGUCGCCCCUGCCAUUGCCCACGCCCCCGCUGCCGUCUCCACCGUCUCACAGGUGAGCUACGGCACCACCCACUACGCCCCCGCCGUGGCUAAGGUGGCCGUCGCUGCCCCCGCGGUCGCCGCCCCCGUGGCAGUCGCCGCCCCCGCCAUCGCUGCCGCCCCCGCCAUCGGCCUGGGCUACGGCCACGGCCUGGGCCUGGGAUACGGACACGGACUGGGUCUGGGAUACGCCGCCGCCCCCGCCAUCAGCCUGGGAUACGGAGGAUACGGACACGGUCUGGGAUAUGGUGGUUACGGAUACGGACACCAUUAGGGCCUUACGGUGCGCCAACACCAUGACACGGCUUCCACAGCCACGAACAUCGCCAAGCACCAUCAUCCAUCACUGCUCCCAUCGAAACUGCACCUCACCCUCGAAUUUCAUGUGACACCACCAGAAAGUCAAUAAAAACAUUACUGUGAUUAAUCAUCAAA